GUCCCGUCCCAUCAGUCCUGACCUGUUCCACCCCGGCCGCGCGACGCAGCGCUGCCCUCGCCAGCACCGCCACCAGACAUGAUGGACGGUCUUCGUUCAGACUUGGGUCGCUGGGGCGGGCACCACUGGCUGGCCCCCGCCACCCCUUCGCCAGAACCAGAGCCAGAACGAGACAGAAGGUCACGCAGAAGAAGCAGUUCCUUCUGGGCUCGCUGCUGUGGCUGCUGCUCCUGCCGGAAUGGGGCAGAUGAUGACUGGGGAUCUGAGCCCCACAGAGGCUCUGGCUCCAGGGGUCGAGGGUCCAGCUCUGGGGGCCGAAGACCUGACUCUGGGGGCUCAAACUCUCGACGUCCUAUCUCAAGGGGCAGCGGUGUGAACGCAGCUGGAGAUGGCGCCAUCCGAGAGGGCAUGUUGGUGGUGACUGGUGUGGAUCUGCUGAGUUCACGCUCAGACCAGAACCGCCGAGAGCACCACACAGAUGAGUUCGAGUACAAUGAGUUGAUCCUGCGCCGUGGGCAGCCUUUCCACAUGGUCCUCUUCCUGUCUCGGCCCUAUGAGUCUUCCGAUCGUGUCACCCUGGAACUGCACAUUGGAAACAACCCUGAAGUGGGCAAGGGCACCCAUGUGAUCAUCCCAGUGGGCAAGGGGGGCAGUGGAGGCUGGAAAGCCCAGAUAAUGAAGUCCAGUGGGCAGAAUCUGAAUCUACGGGUCCACACCUCCCCCAACUCCAUCAUCGGCAAGUUUCAGUUCACAGUCCGCACACACUCAGAGGCUGGCGAGUUCCUGUUGCCCUUCGACCCCCAAAAUGAAAUCUAUAUCCUCUUCAACCCCUGGUGCUCAGGGGACACCGUGUACGUGGACCGUGAAGACUGGCGGCAGGAAUACGUGCUUAAUGAGUCUGGGAGAAUUUACUACGGGACUGAAGCACAGAUCGGCGAGCGGACCUGGAACUAUGGCCAGUUUGACCACGGGGUGCUGGAUGCCUGUCUGUACAUCCUGGACCGGCGGGGCAUGCCAUAUGGAGGUCGUGGGGACCCAGUCAGUGUCUCCCGGGUCAUCUCUGCCAUGGUGAACUCCUUAGAUGACAACGGGGUCCUGAUUGGGAACUGGUCUGGCGAUUACUCCCGAGGCACCAACCCAUCGGCGUGGGUGGGCAGUGUGGAGAUUCUCCUCAGCUACCUACACACUGGCUAUUCUGUCCCCUACGGCCAGUGCUGGGUCUUUGCCGGUGUGACCACCACAGUUUUGCGCUGCUUGGGCCUGGCCACCCGAACUGUCACCAACUUCAACUCAGCACAUGACACAGACACGUCCCUCACCAUGGACAUCUACUUCGAUGAGAACAUGAAGCCUCUCGAGCACCUGAACCAUGAUUCUGUUUGGAACUUUCACGUGUGGAACGACUGCUGGAUGAAGAGGCCGGACCUGCCCUCAGGCUUCGAUGGCUGGCAGGUUGUGGAUGCCACACCCCAGGAGACCAGCAGUGGCAUCUUCUGCUGUGGCCCCUGCUCCGUGCAGUCCAUCAAGAAUGGCCUGGUCUACAUGAAGUACGACACGCCCUUCAUUUUCGCCGAGGUGAAUAGUGACAAGGUUUACUGGCAGCGACAGGACGAUGGCAGCUUCAAGAUUGUGUAUGUGGAGGAGAAGGCCAUUGGCACACUCAUCGUCACAAAGGCCAUUGGCUCCAACAUGCAGGAGGACGUUACCCACCUCUAUAAGCACCCAGAAGGUUCCGAAGCAGAGCGGAAGGCAGUGGAGACAGCAACCGCGCAUGGCAGCAAACCCAACGUGUACGCCACCCGGGACUCAGCGGACGAUGUGGCGAUACAGGUGGAGGCCCAGGACGCAGUGAUGGGGCAGGACCUGACGGUCUGCGUGGUGCUGACCAAUCGCAGCAGCAGCAGCCGCCGCACUGUGAAGCUACACCUCUACCUCUCAGUCACCUUCUACACUGGUGUCACCGGGUCCGUCUUCAAGGAGAGCAAGAAGGAAGUGGUGCUGGCUCCAGGGGCCUCGGACCGCGUGACCAUGCCCGUGGCCUACAAGGAAUAUCAGCCCCACCUUGUGGACCAGGGCGCCAUGCUGCUCAACGUCUCGGGCCACGUCAAGGAGAACGGGCAGGUGCUGGCCAAGCAGCACACCUUCCGUCUGCGCACCCCAGACCUCUCCCUCACGUUAUUGGGUGCAGCUGUAGUUGGCCAGGAGUGCGAAGUACAGAUUGUUUUCAAGAACCCCCUGCCUGUCACCCUCACCAACGUUGUCUUCCGGCUCGAGGGCUCCGGGUUACAGAGACCCAAGAUCCUCAACGUUGGGGACAUUGGGGGCAACGAGACAGUGACGCUGCGCCAGACGUUUGUGCCUGUGCGACCAGGCCCCCGCCAGCUCAUCGCCAGCUUGGACAGCCCACAGCUCUCGCAGGUGCAUGGUGUCAUCCAGGUGGACGUGGCCCCAGCCUCUGGGAGCCGGGGCGUCGUCUCAGAUGCUGGAGGCAGCAGCCACUCAGGAGAGACCAUUCCUAUGGCUUCUCGAGGUGGGGCUUAGCCCUGGACCAGGAGCAAUGGGACUGGAGUCAGAUGAACAAGGACACUGCCUCAAGACACCGCUGUGGAGCGGUUCCUCUGGGGCUCAGGUGGGGAGGCCCUGGGACACCUGGGGAGGGAGCCUAUCUUCACCAGCACUGGACGGCACAGAAGCUAAUAAACUGUUUUUUAAU